AUGUCGUUUCCCAAGAAACAGGCCCAGAUACAGAGAGUCACCAAGCUCUAUGCAGAACUCAAUUACCCGAAGGAGAGUCGUUUCUAUCCAGAGCUGAAAAAGCAAUUACUUCUUUUCUUCGAAACCUAUCAAGAUCAAAACGGCAAGCAUGCACGGGAGUUCACGUCGAUGACAAAAUACGAAAGAGCAGCUACCAAGGAGGCCUUUUCAAGGAUGGCCGAAAUCUUCAGCAAUACUGAGAACAGAGGCAAUCACUUUUGGCCAAGUGAUUCUAGUUCGCCUUAUCGCAACGGUCUUGACUUCAGCAUACCAUUAGACAGCUCUAGGAUCUUGAGCUACUUGGGCCAGCUCUUCUACCGCAGAUCCCGGCACUUACGUGAAUACGAUAGCACAAAGAGCAAGAAGAGGACUGAAAGUCCCGACAGUCUUGACGAAGACGAACCAAGCCCUGGUUUCUCUGCAUCCGUGUUUCAGCUUGAUGGUCUCCAAAAUAUGGACACCAGCUUGCCACCUGACAGUGCGGCGCGGUUUGAAACCUCUGAAUCACGACCCUUCCAUUCGCACCUGGACGAGCCGGAACAGGGCACUACCACCCCACUCAACGCCGCCGACGCUGGAAACACAACAACCGCAUCGCUUCGCUCAGGGAAUACUACAGACUUUCGGGGUGAGCACGUGGAUCCGCCUUCGAUCAUUGACCUGAUCAACACCCCUCCCGCAUCCAGUAGCACCGGACCCGGGAAUGGCGGCACUGAGAGACAACCUGGAAAACGCACCAGAGGGACAGAGUCUUUGACUCCGAACAAGAAGAAGACACCAGUAGGCAAAGCAGGUACAGGGUCCCAUACCUCACCCGAAGGCACGCGAUGGUCUUCGCGAAAUCGAACGAAAAGGGUCAAGGAGGGUUUCAUUUACGGCUCUGAUGUAGACGCGGAAGUCACUGCUGCCAUGCGGCGGGAUCAAGAGGAACAUGAGGCACGGAAUGCUCAACAAUCUGAGCAGCACGCUGCAAACAAACACACGGUUGUUCCCACCAUCGAAGGGCCCUCUGCCUCUGGCCAGAAUGCGCCGGAGGCGCCAAUGCAUUCGUCAUCUGAGCAUACAGAACCGGCGCAACAGAGCAUCCCGAAGAAUCCACCUAAAGCCGCGAAAGUCGUGGAUAUCACGACCAAAGUGAUUCUCUCCGCGGGACGACUUACACGGGAGGUACCCUGGCAGUCAGAGUCUAUUGUUGCUCGGAUGAACCUGACGCAGUUUGUGGACGAAAUCACCAAGCUGCUGGACCUCAAAGAAGGUGGGUUCACGAUCAAGGGCUUCAAGCUCACGCUGAGAAUUCUCGACGCGGAACGGAAACGUCACGAGAGCGAGGUCCCCCUAGGGCGUGAAGAUCUGUUCGAUAGUUGGAAAAGGACGGGAACGGCUCUCACGACCAGAGCGGUCAAGAGACGAAAACAAACCGAAGAGACCGCAUUACUCCCUGUAACCAUCGAGAUUAUAGUCCAUGCGGAGGGCCAGGAAGUCGAGUCCGCCACGGAAGACGAGCUGGACUUGGAGGUUUGGAGUUGA